AUGAAGUUGUCUCUACUCUACACUUUGCUAUUCUGGGCCCAAAACUCUGUCAUUAAAUCCAAAGAUGCUGCUGAUGAGUCUAAAACCCCAGACUCUGAUAAAACUUCUCAGACCGACACACAUAAAGUGAGCAGCGGCUUAAUGCAGUGUGGUGAAUACAGCAAUGAAGUGAUGCCAAAUGGACAGUGUCGAUUAAUAGCCACAUUACCGCAGAUGGAGGAGCAGAGGUGUCCUGAUAUGUUUCGCUGUACGGAUGAGGUCUCGUACUGGCUGCGCGAGAAUGAGGAGCGCAAACAGCAGAUGCAGGACCUGAAGGAGACCAUCUCUGAGCUUCAAGAGGAGCUGAGGAACCACAGGCAUCGCAUCAAAGUGCUGGAGCUGCAGAGAGAGGAGAAGUUUGGAGUAAACUCGUCUUUAGAGAAUCGUUUCCACACUUUGCAGCAGAUCUACGAAGAGGCCAACGCACUGCUGGACAUCCACGGUUCACUCAUCUAUGACCUGCAAACACAAAUCCGCAACCUCACUAUGAUAGUAGAGCGCGUUAGACGCAAUCCUGGCUGUAUGAUCAAUAUCAUCCGCACAAGCCCUCUCCUCAGCGCCCAAGAUACCCUUCAUCCAGAGGUUCAGCACAUAAGAAACUGUCCGAUUGACUGUGCGUCCCUGUAUUACAAUGGAGUUCACAGAUCUGGGAUUUUUACUGUUGUCCCCUCAUUGGGAUCGACUCCAGUAGAAGUUUAUUGUGAUAUGGAAACACAAGGAGGUGGAUGGACAGUGUUUCAACGUCGGCAGGAUGGAAAGGUCAAUUUCAACCGUAAAUGGACAGAAUACAGGGACGGUUUUGGAGAUCUGCAUGCAGAAUUCUGGCUGGGAAAUGACCACAUCCAUGACAUCUCCAGCCAGGGAGAGUAUUCGCUUCGCAUUGACCUCGAGGACUGGAAUUCCAAGCACAAACACGCACUGUACCAGAACUUCUGGAUUGAGAACGAAGACAACCACUACCGUCUCCAUGUCUCAGGAUUCAGCGGUACGGUCGAGGACUCGUUUGGCUGGUAUCACGACAAGCAAAGCUUCAGCACGCCAGACACAGGAGACAUCUGUGCCGAGAUCUCUCACGGGGGCUGGUGGUACCAUCAGUGCUUCUUUGCCAACCUCAACGGAGUCUAUUACAAGGGGGGGCGUUACUCUGCCAAAGGGAAGAACCUGCUGGGGCCUGAUGGGAUUGUGUGGUACACGUGGAAGGACUCGGAUUACUAUUCGCUGAAGAAAGUGAGCAUGAUGAUCCGGCCACGCACGUACAGGCCUCGUCUCUCUCCGUAA